AUGUCUUAUCCUGUGCAUGUCGUCAUUCGACUAACAUGUUCGCAGCCAAGGAUUGACCGCGGUAACACCGGCUACCCUCUCACGAAGGACGGCAAGAUUCACCAGUGCUUCGGGAGCAACGGUACCAACUGGGAAGGAUAUCUCAACCCAGGCGCGAAUAGCGACUACCCGUGGGCUGCGGAGGCAUCGUUCGAGGUCCCUAUCGACUCCGAAGCACUCUACCUCUUCACACGCGGAUCUCGUCAGCACGGCAGUGUCCGCAUCACCACCGAGGACAACCACUUGGACAACGUGCGCAUAUUGGUGCACGCAUUGUACUAUCGCCAAGGGAGCAUUGCCGGUACUCACGCAUGCCUGUUGGAGCCUACAACUCAUGAAAAGAGCAUCGGAAUAUUUACGCCUGAGUGGGGGAGUAGGUCAAGGAGCAAAGAUCAUAUUCAGUUUGAUAUCACGAUUGUCAUCCCCACUCGCCGAUAUGGGUCAGAACGUCGCGUCCGAAAGCUCGACGUGAACACACCUCGGUACGACCUUAUAUUGGGCACCCUUCAAGAAAAGGUGUUCUUCGACAUCAUCUCUUUGUCAACUGAAAAUUCUCUCGUGGAUGUUAAGUCAGUAGCCUGUGCUACCGGGAAAUUUGAGAGCGAAAAUGGCAAAAUCCAAGGCACUUUCAGUAGCCUGAAGUCGCUCUCGCUUCACACCAGCAACUCUCCCAUCGAGGCGACAGUCCAUCUCGCCAACCAGGCCGUCCACCAGCGGACGAGCACGCUCGACAUGUCCACCACCAGCGACCGCAUCGACGCCAAAGUCGACCUCUACACACCAGAUUUCAAGAGCACCUCGUCCCUGAGAUACUCCGUCACCGCCAUGACCGACAACAGCCCGCUCUCAGUCAGCGUGACCAACCUGCCCGUGGAUGCACAGCUCACGCUCUCGGCGCGGACGCUGAACGCAGACGCCCAAGUCAACUUGCCUCCGGCCUUCGAGGGCGCGUUCGACGUGCGGACGUCUGGUCAUAACGCAGCGCACCUCGUCGAGGACGACGUAUCCGAUCCCGCCAAAGCUGGCCGGAAGCGGACGGUGCACUACGACACGCACGACAACGCGCGUUCCUCGGGCACUAUUGCCUGGUCGCCGGAGCACGAGAGGCUCGGGAGGGUGGAGGUGGGCACGUCGAACGCAGGAGCAACGCUCAGGCAUGGUGCUGGAAUUUGA